CCGGCCCGGUGCGUUGCCUCACCAACUCGCCACGCCAACCGCUCUUCUCUUAUAUUACGCUACUCUGAAAAAAAAAAAAAACAAAAUGAGGGAAUGCAUCUCAGUCCAUAUCGGCCAAGCCGGCGUCCAGAUCGGCAACGCCUGCUGGGAGCUUUACUGCCUGGAGCACGGCAUCCAGCCUGAUGGCCAGAUGCCUUCAGACAAGACCCUGGGCGGGGGAGACGACUCCUUCAACACCUUCUUCAGUGAGACCGGGGCUGGCAAACAUGUGCCAAGAGCCGUGUUUGUCGAUUUGGAGCCUACAGUCGUCGACGAGGUCCGCACCGGCACGUACCGUCAGCUGUUUCAUCCAGAACAGCUUAUCACUGGCAAGGAGGACGCGGCUAACAACUAUGCCAGGGGUCAUUACACCAUCGGGAAGGAGAUCGUCGACGUGGUCCUCGACAGGAUCCGGAAACUGGCCGACCAAUGCACCGGCCUCCAGGGCUUCCUGGUGUUCCACUCGUUCGGCGGCGGCACCGGAUCCGGGUUCACCUCCCUGCUGAUGGAGCGGCUCUCCGUUGACUAUGGCAAGAAGUCCAAGCUUGAGUUCUCCAUUUACCCCGCACCUCAGGUGUCAACAGCGGUGGUGGAGCCAUACAACUCUAUCCUAACCACCCAUACGACCCUGGAGCACUCCGACUGCGCGUUCAUGGUGGACAACGAGGCUAUCUACGACAUUUGUCGGAGAAACCUUGACAUCGAGCGACCUACGUACACUAACCUCAACAGACUUAUUGGACAGAUCGUGUCCUCCAUCACCGCUUCCCUUCGCUUCGACGGCGCCCUGAAUGUAGACCUGACGGAGUUCCAGACCAACCUGGUGCCGUAUCCCCGCAUCCACUUCCCCCUGGCCACGUACGCGCCCGUCAUCUCGGCCGAGAAGGCGUACCAUGAACAGCUGACUGUAGCCGAGAUCACCAACGCUUGCUUCGAGCCUGCUAAUCAGAUGGUGAAAUGCGACCCACGUCACGGCAAGUAUAUGGCUUGCUGUAUGUUAUACAGAGGAGACGUGGUGCCCAAGGACGUGAACGCCGCGAUCGCGACCAUCAAAACAAAGAGAACCAUCCAGUUUGUGGACUGGUGUCCCACAGGCUUCAAGGUGGGCAUAAACUACCAGCCGCCGACGGUGGUCCCGGGGGGGGACCUCGCUAAGGUACAACGAGCCGUGUGCAUGUUGUCGAACACUACCGCCAUUGCCGAGGCUUGGGCCAGACUGGACCACAAGUUCGACCUGAUGUACGCGAAGCGCGCGUUCGUGCACUGGUACGUGGGGGAGGGCAUGGAGGAGGGCGAGUUCUCGGAGGCGCGGGAGGACCUCGCCGCGCUCGAGAAGGACUACGAGGAGGUCGGCGUCGACUCCACCGAGGGCGAGCUGGACGAGGACAACGAGUACUAAGCUCUUGCACUCGAAAGAGAAGCUGGCCUGAAUUUGCGACCUGUUUCAACUUGGGUUGCGAGGAAAUUUCUGCACGUCUUGCGUUCGAUUACCAAUCUCCGAUAUAUAAGAAUAAUGUUACAUAACUAAUGUACCAAGUGGAUAUUACGGAUACAGGAAGGAUUAAUAGCGAAAACAAUAUGUACUUUGUGUUACUUAGCCAUUCUGAUAUCUUUACCUUCUGAUACUAACCCCUGAAUCCUAUUUAUAGAAGGUGAUUACCUUCUAGAUCCACGUGUGGAACCUAUUAGGACAAUUUUUUUCCUAUUAGUUCGAACAUUACUGGAGUAGGAUAUAAACACAACAAGCUAAGUAGUUUUACUUCGGGCCAGUUUCCGAAAUAAAAACUUCACGAUGAAAAAAUUAACUGUUAAAUGCGUGUUGAAUGGGAUAUAAAUGUUCUAUUACCAUGUCUAAUACUGAUGCUAUUCUCAAUAUACGUAAUCGAAAUCUUGGAUUUAUUGGUACUUAAUUUACAGACAACAAAGUGCUUUUCUAUUGAAAAAUACUUACAAAUAAAAAUAUAUUCUAUGUCAUUCAGUAUUGUCAUUCCAGAAUUUAGAAUGCUAUCGAUUUAUAUUAAUAAGUUUUAAAAUUAAUUAAUUGUAAGAAUGAAGAGUGAAAGGUAGCUUGAUUAACAGUACAAACUUUUUAAAAUAACUUUCAACACUGAAAUGUAAAGUUUGUUUGUCUGUAAGAAUUUAAUAUAUGCAUUUAUUAUUAUUAAUUAUACGUAAUUACAAAUGUAAUAUCGAAUAACAUUACAAUUGUAAGGCAAUUUCAUAAAUUAUCUUAAUUGUGCUUCGAAUAACCAUUUGUAAUAAUUUAUUUUUAUUGCACAUAAAGUUUUACACUUAGAUACA